AUGAUGACCAAAGAAAAAAAAAGUAUAACAGAACACAACAACCAGAGACCAGUCAAUAACACAUCUCAGGCAAUGCACCAGAACAGUCAUUAUAAUACAAUUCAGCAUCAUGAAAAUAAUGUUAACAACAAUAACAAUUACAAUAGCAUAAACCAAAUAUUAGCUAUAUACAGAUACGCUUUUCAAGGCAUAUCACUGGCACCACCCAAAACAGCCACCUACAACUUCAAAAGAGCGAACUGGCGCAAGUUUGCUAAACAAAUUGAUUCAAAAAUACAGAAUAAGAACCAGCUGCCCACAAAUAGAAAUCUCUCAAUAAAAGAAAUAGAUGAAAGCAUUGUAAGUUUCGAACAAAUAAUUAACAAAUCCAUUAGGGAAAUCAUACCUAAAAAUCAAGCAAAUAAAUAUGACUAUUACCAAAAAUACGUUAGCAACAAUAUCAAGAAAUUACAUUCAACACCUCUCAAGUCCUCUUUAAUAACAAGACUACAGUUCAUUAGAUACCGAAGCCCAUAUAACCAUAUCAAACACGAAAUAUAUCCCAAAAACAUAAACUACAAAGAAGCAAACGAAUUUUUUCCGAUCAUCAACAAAUAUUUAAGACCACAAAAACACAUGAGUAUUGAAAAUUUCCUAUUGAAUUUAAACAAAAACGAAUUCAAUCAAGAGAUUGGUAGAACAAUGUCGCAAUUAGUCUAUGAAAAUGAAAUAUAUAUCACCGAUCCAAUGAUAAAAUUGGAGGUCAUGGGCAUGUACCUAGAGAGAAUCAAUUCGUCAAGAUAUACGAAUGGAAACACCAUCAUUAAAAAUAAAACAGAUGAUAUUGCUCAAAAGUACCAAGAUAUUCGUCGUAGAAUGAGGAAUACCAAAUCCACCUUUAUGACUUUCUCUGAUCAAUUCCCAGCACAUGAUUCACUACAAAGAAUUAAAUAA